CGUCACACCGUAAAUAACCCCUCUAGUAUAUUUUCCAAUUCCGGGACUUCCGACCAUUCCGGAGCCAACAGCCACCGCACUGCCGGUGCCAUGCUCUGAAUUCAAAUUGUCCGAUCGCCAAAUUUGAAGAAUCAGCCGCACCCCACAACAAACGGUACUCUCCGGCGACCUCCCAUUUUUCUUCUACUUUCACCGCAUUUUCCCCAUUCAACAACCUCAACUUUUUACUCUUUUGCCAUUUCUUGUUUCUGCUCACUUUCCAGCUCUGAAUCGUCCACUGUCUUUUACCAUUGACGCCUCUCAAUCCUCUGUGGAGCCGGAGAAUUCCUAGCUAUUUCGUUUCUCCUUUUCUUCCCUUCCCAUGGCCGCUACCGGAGCUUGUGUUUUCCAUGGCGCGAUAUUUUGGCGUCUCCGGCGGAGUAGGAUGUCGUCCGGCGAGAGUUUCAAAUCCGGUUCGAUCCCCACUACUCGGCGACUUGCUGUGUCUACUACUUCCAUGGACCAAGUUGCUUCGACAUCCGCGCCGGAGACUACUUCCAGUGAUUUGUUUCGUAAUGGCCGGUUCGAGAAGAAUCUCGAACAUGCUACGACAGCGAUCGUUGGAGUUGAAGACGGAAGUCGGGAAGAUACGGAGGUGCGGCGGAGCUUGAAGGACUAUUUCGAACAAUCCGCUGAAUUAAUCAGAUCGGGCGGAGGGGCGCCUCGCUGGUUCUCCCCGCUGGAGUGCGGUUCGCGCAUGAAUAAUUCUCCGCUACUUCUUUUUUUGCCUGGAAUUGAUGGGGUUGGACUUGGACUUAUCAAGCAUCAUGACGGACUCGGGAAGAUUUUCGACGUGUGGUGCUUGCAUAUUCCGGUCAGGGAUCGAACGCCAUUUACAGAAUUACUGAAGUUGGUCGAAAAAAAAGUAAAAGAUGAGCACCAUCAUUCACCAAAGAGACCAAUAUAUCUUGUCGGAGAAUCCUUGGGAGCUUGCCUUGCUCUGUCUGUUGCUGCUCGCAAUCCAGAUAUUGACAUUGUCUUGAUUUUGUCUAAUCCAGCUACUUGUUUCAGCAAGUCACCAUUACAAGCUGUUAUAUCUUUGUUGGAAUUCAUGCCAGAAUCAUUGCAAGUUAGCCUCCCUUACAUACUGAAUUUACUGAAAGGUGGUUCUUCUAGGCUGCCAAUCGCUAGUGUGGAAGACGUAUUGCAACAAAUAGGUGGUGCAUUAUCACAGGAUUUUGCUGCAUUGUCUUCUAACCUCCCUGUUCUUGCUGAUAUUUUACCAAUAGAAACGCUCAUCUGGAAGUUGCAGAUGUUGAAAUCUGCUUCUGCAGAUUCCAACUCACGGCUUCAUGCUGUAAAAGCAGAGACUCUGAUACUCUGCAGUGGCAGAGAUCAGUUGCUACCCAGUAUAGAGGAAGGUGGGAGACUUCGUCAAUUUUUGCCGAAAUGUGAGGUCCGAAAAUUUUCCAACAAUGGCCAUUUCCUUUUCUUGGAGGAUGGUGUUGAUUUGGCUGCAACAAUUAAGGCUGCUAGUUUCUACCGCCGUUCGCAGUACCUGGACUACGUUUCAGAUUUUGUCCCACCAUCGCCUGCUGAAUUCAGAAAAAUAUAUGACGACUUCAGACUGCUUCGUUUGGCAACUAGUCCAGUGCUGCUUUCAACUCUAGAAGAUGGGAAAAUUACGAGGGGACUCGCAGGAAUUCCUGAAGAAGGUCCUGUCCUGUUUGUUGGCUAUCACAUGCUGUUGGGAUUAGAAUUGGCUCCCUUGGUAGGCCAGUUCUUCGAAGAAAGGAACAUUGUUCUACGAGGGAUGGCACAUCCUAUGAUGUUUGCAAAAGUGAAGGAAGGACGUUUACCUGAAUUAGCAUCAUAUGAUGCAUUCAGAAUGAUGGGUGCAGUUCCUGUCAAUGCCAGGAACUUCUAUAAACUUCUUUCUUCAAAGGCUCACGUCUUAUUAUAUCCUGGAGGCAUGCGCGAGGCUCUACACCGGAAGGGGGAAGAGUAUAGGCUAUUCUGGCCCGAGCAAUCAGAGUUUAUUCGGAUGGCUGCUAGGUUUGUGGUUUUUGAUUAUGAAGACCAGAUGAAAGUUCCGUUCUUUAGAAAACUAAUAGAGGAUCUAACCGGCGAAGCCAUUAGGCUGAGGGCUGACAUGAGUGGGGAAGUUGCAAACCAAGAUGUCCACCUCCCUGGAAUUCUCCCCAAACUUCCAGGAAGAUUUUAUUAUUACUUCGGAAAGCCAUUCGAAACAGAAGGGCGAAAAGAGGAACUACGAGACCGAGAGAACGCCCACAAACUAUAUCUUCAGGUGAAGGGUGAGGUUGAAAACUGUCUUGCAUACUUGACGAAUAAACGAGAAAGCGAUCCUUACCGACAGUUAUGGCCUCGUCUAGUUCAUCAAGCUAAACAUGGCUUCACAUCUGAAAUUCCUACUUUUGAGAUCUGAUUGUUUCAUGCCAGAGAAGCCAGCUUAGAGAUUUGUUGGUUUGUUCCCUUGGUGAAAAGCUCUGUUUUGAUGCCAAUUUUUGGAUGUAAUUUUAUUCAUAUGCUGAAGUCAUUGAUGUGGAGACCUUGUACUCAGUGUUUGAAAAAUCAGCAAUGUGAUUUCAAUAAAUAAUUAUGGUAGUUUUUUCUUGUUUUUUUUCA